UGGACACAAAGCAAAUCAGUGCAGAUUUAAAACUGAAAUUUGCAGAAAAUGCAACAAAGUUGGACACAUACAAAGAGCAUGUCGGUCGGAUGUACCAUAUAUUGAGAAAGAGAGACAGUACAAGGUUCAGCAAAAGAAAAGUAGGAAUGUCCAUAUUGUCGCCCAAAACUCAGAUGAAGAAAGUGACACAGGGUUGGCCAAUUUAGAAAUCUACAGUCUGAAAAGUGACUUAAAACAAGCAAUCUGGCUUACACCUCAAGUGAAUGGACAGAAAAUCAGGAUGGAACUGGAUACAGGCUCCGCUGUAUCAGUAAUGUCACAGUACGAGUUUGAAAAAUAUUUCAAAACGACUAAAUUAAAGCCAUCGCCUGUUAAUCUGAAAACAUAUACUGGUGAGCCCAUAAUCCCUCUAGGGGUGAUGCCCGUGACUGUGAAGUACAAUGAUCAACAGAGUGAAUUAGAUCUGUACAUAGUACGUACAGAGGGACCAGCACUUUGGGGACGUGACUGGUUGAGGAAAUUGCAGCUGGACUGGAAAUCCAUAAAAAGUCUGCAAAUCACAGUUCCUACAUCGACGUGCACUCAAUUGAAACUGGAAAAAGUGCUGGAUGGGGCUGUAGCUGUGUUUCAGUCUGGAAUAGGAACUCUGAAGCAUAUAAAAGGAAAGAUAACCCUGAAUGAGAAUGCAGUUCCCAAGUUUCACAAGGCACGGCCUGUUCCCUAUGCUAUUCGCCAGAAAGUGGAAAAUGAGCUGGAUCGGUUGGAAGCUGAAGGAAUACUUUCAAAGGUUGACUGGAGUCCCUGGGCAACUCCAGUUGUUCCUGUUGCCAAGAAAGAUGGAACUGUUAGACUUUGCGGGGAUUUUAAGGUCUCAAUCAACCCUGAACUGCAGGUAGAACAAUAUCCACUACCAAGAAUAGAGGAUAUUUUUGCUACACUUGCAGGUGGACAGCUCUUCAGUAAAAUAGACUUGGCGGAAGCAUAUUUACAGAUGGAAAUGGAGGAGGACUCAAAAGUGUUCUUGACUAUAAAUACUCUCAAGGGCUUGUAUCGCUAUAACAGGCUUGUUUUUGGCGUCGCCUCAGCACCGGCUUUGUGGCAAAGAGCUAUGGAUCAGGUACUUCAGGGUUGUCCUGGUACCCAAUGCUACCUCGAUGACAUCAUUGUCACAGGUGAUAGUGAAAGUAGUCACUUGGAGAAUUUAGCUCGGGUUUUAAAGAAAUUGGAAGAGUAUGGACUGCAUGCAAGACGGGACAAGUGUGAAUUUUUCAAGAAAACCAUCACGUAUUGUGGACACAAAAUUGAUGUGAAUGGUCUGCACAAGUGUCAAGACAAGCUAAGAGCUGUUGCAGAGGCUCCAGAACCGCAAGAUGUCUCACAAUUGAGGUCUUUCCUUGGAUUUGUCAAUUACUACAACAGGUUUUUGCCAAAUCUGGCGACUGUUCUCCAUCCUCUAAAUGCCCUGUUGCAAACAGGAAAGAAAUGGAUGUGGACAAAGCAAUGUAGGCAAGCUUUUCAGGAAGCAAAGAAACUAGUGAUGUCAGAUACAGUUCUGACUCACUAUGACCCAGGCAAGCCACUAAAGUUGGCAUGCGACGCCUCACCAUACGGCAUUGGGGCGGUGCUAUCGCAUGUGAUGGGUGAUGGAACGGAGCGCCCCAUAGCUUUCGCAUCACGCUCCCUCAGUGCGGCAGAGAAGAACUAUGCGCAGAUUGAUAGGGAAGCUUUGAGCCUGGUAUGGGGUGUAAAACGAUUCAAUCAAUAUCUGUAUGGAAACAACUUUACCUUGGUUACAGACCAUCAGCCGUUGGUUUCCAUCUUCAGUCCUCAGAAAGGGGUUCCACUGACAGCAGCAGCACGGAUGCAAAGGUGGGCAUUGUUUCUUGGAGGACAUAGAUACCAGAUUGAAUUCAAAAGAACACACAGACACGCUAAUGCUGAUGGACUAUCACGUCUACCAUUGGAUGGGUGUGAUUCAAAGACAGAGAACAUAAGCACACCUUUGGACGUUUUUACAAUUGCUCAGCUUGAGAGUUCUCCUGUUACUGACGAAAUGAUUCGGAGAGAAACCAGGAGAGAUCCUGGAUUGUCUCAGGUAUAUUCAGCUGUACAGUCUGGCUGGAAUGCAGAGCAGAAAAUUCGUUUCACACACUUUUAUCAGCGCCGUGAUGAACUGACUUUGGAUGGUGGUUGCAUCAUGUGGGGAUUAAGAGUUGUUGUACCUCCUAAGUUGCGAACUCAAGUGUUGGAGGAGCUGCAUGUUGGGCAUCUAGGAGUGGUAAAGAUGAAGUCACUUGCUAGGAGUUUCGUAUGGUGGCCUGGAAUAGACCAGCAGAUCGAGCAGCUCGCUAUGCAUUGUACAGGAUGUCAACAUGUGCAAAAGAUGCCGAAGACUGCACCACUACAUCCUUGGGAGUGGCCUGCAUUACCAUGGCAAAGGAUUCAUGUUGACUUUGCGGGUCCUUUCAUGGGCACCACAUUCUUGGUUGUGGUCGAUGCAUGUUCAAAGUGGCCAGAAGUGUUCAGUAUGACCUCCACAACCUCUGGUCAAACUGUGACUGUUCUGAGAGAGCUUUUUGCAAGGACUGGUGUACCAGAACAGCUGGUGAGUGACAAUGGUCCCCAGUUUAUAUCUGAAGAGUUCCAGAUCUUCUGAAAGAACAAUGGAAUCAAACAUGUGACCUCAGCGCCCUACCACCCAGCUACAAAUGGCUUAGCUGAGAGAUUAGUGCAGAGCUUGAAGAAUGCACUACGGGCCAUGACAUGUGAAAAGAUCACACUGAACCAGAAGCUACACAAUUUCUUGUUUGCAUAUCGAAAUGCAACUCAUGCCACCACAAAUCGAACACCUGCCAUGUUGUUCCUUGGUAGACCCUUACGUUCAAGGCUGGAUUUGUUGAAACCUAAUCUGAGGAGGACCAUACAUGACAGACAGAUAAAGCAAUCACAAGGAGGGGAAAAAACAAGAGAGUUGGAAAUUGGAGAGUGUGUGCUUGCUAGGAACUACAGAGGAGAUCACAAAUGGACACCUGCAAAGGUCAAAGAAAGAACAGGACCACUCUCAUAUACAGUUGAGAUUGCACCAGACACUAUCUGGAGAUGACACAUUGAUCAGUUGAGAAGAUCCAAUGUUUCUCUGGAAAGUGUUCCUUCGAGUGUUCCAUUCACCACUACUGAUACUGUUUCCAGUGGAAGUGAUACAACAGCACUUCAAGAUGGCACUGUAUCUUCCAGUGACGUGCCACAAGCACUAACUCCAACUUGUGAAGAGAAACGUUACCCUACCCGUGUCCGGAAACCACCAAACCGUCUGGAUUUAUAAUAAGGAACCUGGAGUGGACAUUAUAGUCAUACAGUAGUAUAAGUUUGUUCCUUUUGAAAAAAAAAAAAGUUUUUGUUAAAAGAGAACUAUUGUUUGUUAAGAUUUUCUUAUCUAGGGGGGGAGGAAGUGUAGUGUAUUGAGUAGAAUGUGAACUCAGGAAUAAGCACUGCUUGCCACUCUAGAUUAACUCAGGGUUAUAUUUUGGUUGGCCAGUCAAUUGUUCAUAAAGAGAAGAAAGAAACAAGUGUUCACAAAGUUGUUCAUUCUGAUACUGCACAGUAAAAAGAAAGGAAGACUUGCCGUCAUUGUCUCGACUCUAAUUUGUGUUAGACAAACACUACAGUUCC